AUGGCGGCCCUGGACGAAGUUCAGGUCGGCGACGUCGUGAACGUCCCUGGGGGGAUGUACGGCACCGUCAAAUUUCUGGGCGUUGUUGCUGGAAAGCCGGGCAGAUUCGCGGGUAUCGAGCUCGCCCAAGAGCACGCCAAACGGGGGAAGAACAGCGGUGAUGUUGAUGGCAGGAAAUACUUUACGACCUCUACACCGGGCUCGGGCAUCUUUGUCCCCAUCAACAAUAACAAAUACGUUACCAGGCGUUCCGCUUCCAAUGCCCCUCCAACCCCAUCGCGUCCUAUCAACUUUAGCAAAUCCGUGGGCCCUCCCUCCAUAUCCCGCCCACCGCGAAUGCGACGCCCCUCCCUUCCCCGACCGGAAUCUCCACGAGUCACAGCGCCGCCAAAGCUAAGUCUGUCAGGACUGCGAACUCCUUCGACCGCCUCGAAGGCGCCCAGCUCCAACGGGUACGCCCGGAGCCCCGUCAAAGCUCCAUCUCGUGCUUCGGAUCGGCCGCCCUCUCGGUUCAGCGUUGAAGAUGACAUAUCCUCCAGGACUUCAGAUUUCGGUCGCAACUCGAUGGGGGCGGAGAUUUCGGACUUGAGAGAUCAGGUUAAAAGCCUAGAAAAACAGUUGCUAGAUCGGGAUAAACAGCUGGAGGAGCAGGCUAACACGCUAGCUGACUUUCAGCGAACAAUGGAGGAACUAGAGGGGGAAGACGCAAUGUCGAUCCGUGCACAGCUACGGGAGAAGAAUGACCGCAUUGCCCAGUUGACGAUGGAGUUUGACAUGCACCGUGCCGACUUCAGGAGCACUCUCGACACUCUGGAAGUGGCAGCAUCAGAAACCGAACGAGUCUACGAGCAAAGGAUUGACGAGCUCAUGCAGCAGAACAAGGAAUUACAGGACCGUGGUGAGGAUGUUGAGGCGGUGGCAAGACAACUCAAACAGCUGGAGGAAUUAGUUUCGGAACUUGAGGAGGGCCUGGAGGACGCACGCCGCGGGGAAGCCGAGGCCAGGGCUGAAGUUGAGUUCCUGCGAGGGGAGGUCGAGCGGACGAAACUGGAGCUGAAUAAGGAACGAGAAAACUCCGGCGUGCCUAGGGAGAGCCUGAGUCCAGAUGCCCAGUCGCAUUUGAGGGAACUCGAACAGAAGGACGAUGAAAUCCGUGGAUUGAAGGCGAUCAUCCAUUCCCUGAGCAGGGGUGACCCUGACCUGCAUGCGCUGCAACAGAACGGUUUCGGGGCCCGUGCGGAUUACAAUGCCGACCAUGUGGCUGAUCUGGAACAGCGCGUCCAGGAGUUUGAGCGACUCAGCGAGCGCAAGACCUACCGCAUUGAGGAACUCGAGCGCGAGCUGCAGCAACUGCAGGUAAACGGCGGGAGUCGGAAUCGCAGCUCGACCAUCACACAGUCUAAUGCCCAGCAUAAAUCCUCCAACUCGACCGGGAAGAUCAGCAACGGACAUACCGUUAAUCAUGCUCAUCGUCUCUCCGAUCGGACCGUGGUGCCGAGUGAUUGGCAGGACGAGCCCCAGCAGGAUGGCCUUUACCCAGGGUACUCUUCCCACCGCCGUGGUGCCUCGGACUCUUCCCACCAUCGCUUAGAGACAAUGCACGAAUCGGAUGGGCGCUCAGAGGAUGGCGGUUCUCUUUGGUGUGAGAUUUGCGAAACCGGCGGCCAUGACAUCCUAAGCUGCACCAAUAUGUUUGGCGCGGAGAGUAAGAAUGCCCCUAGCGAAUCGAAGGAGCCUACGCACAACGACUUUGCGGACGACCACCACUCUACUCCUAAGCCCGCUGCCCCGAAUGAAUCACCAUCUCCAAUCCAAAAUACUACGCCUCAGAAGACUGGUCGUGAUGUUGUCCUCGAAGGUCUUCGCGGAGUUGGCUUGACAUCUUCUAUGGCGCCAGUCGCAGGCAAGACCAGCGGUGUGAUUGACGAGGCGAAGUGGUGUGCCCUCUGUGAGCGAGACGGUCACGAGAGCAUUGACUGCCCGUUUGACGACUAA